GAAGACAGCAGCUAAGCUAGAUGGUGCUUCAAGUCGGCAGCUAACGUUAAGGAUUUGCCUCUUCUUUAGAAGAGAUAUUGAUUUAUCACAUCGUCAAGCCUCACUGUGCCGCCAUGGCUCUUUACGACUAUGUUACUCAGGAGCAGCUUGCGGGCUUCGACAAAUACAAGUACAGCGCGGUGGACACAAACCCCCUGUCCGUCUAUGUUAUGCAUCCUUUCUGGAACUGUGUAGUGAAGUUUCUACCAACGUGGUUGGCUCCAAACCUCAUCACGUUUACAGGUUUUAUGUUCCUCGUGUUGAACUUCCUCAUGUUGGCCUUCUACGACUUUGACUUCACUGCCUCUUCUGCAGGACAUGAACACGUGCCUAGCUGCGUCUGGGUUGCUGCAGGGAUCUUCAACUUCUUAGCCUAUACGCUGGACGGUGUGGACGGUAAGCAGGCUCGCCGCACCAACUCCUCCACGCCACUGGGAGAGCUGUUUGACCACGGUCUGGACAGCUGGGCGUGCGUGUUUUUCGUAGCCACCGUGUACUCCAUAUUUGGGCGUGGGGAGAGUGGCGUGAGUGUGAUCAUACUCUAUUACAUACUGUGGGUGGUGCUGUUCUCCUUCAUCCUGUCGCAUUGGGAGAAAUACAACACCGGCAUUCUGUUUCUGCCCUGGGGAUACGACGUCAGCCAAGUGACAAUCUCACUGGUUUACCUGGUCACUGCUGUGGUGGGUGUAGAAACCUGGUACCAACCAGUCAUUUGGAACCUUCUUUAUAGAGACCUGUUCACCUUCAUGAUCAUGGCUUGUUCCUUUACUGUGACUUUACCCAUGAGCCUCUACAAUGUCCUGAAGGCUCACCGGAGUAACACUCUGAAGCACAGCGGUCUGUACGAAGCUUUCCUGCCUUUCCUUUCUCCCGUCCUCCUUUUCGUCCUGUCCACCACUUGGGUCAUCUUCUCUCCAUCCAACAUCCUGGAUCUGCAGCCCAGGAUCUACUACCUCAUGGUGGGGACAGCUUUUGCCAACGUCACUUGUAAGCUGAUCGUGUGUCAGAUGAGUAACACGCGUUGUCAGCCGCUGAGCUGGAUGCUGCUGCCCAUGACUGUGAUGGUCCUGUUAGCCGUGACGGGGGUCGUCACCAACGAGACGAUGCUGCUGUAUGUGUGGACAGCUGCUGUCGUCCUUGCACACAUACACUACGGCAUAUCUGUGGUACAACAGCUCAGCGGACAUUUUAACAUCUUCGCCUUUUCCCUUAAGAAGCCCAACCGUGACUGACAGGAGGAGGAACGAAUCGGCUUGACAGUAGCGGAGGUUUAAGCUGCUCCUCUCUUCGGCUUACUGACACUUCACCCAUCACCACGGAAACUGCAUCCCCUUCCCCUCCGUCUACAAGAACGCUGCAAGUUGAACGGACAGUGGCUGUCUUUCUACACACAAACACUCAAACGCACAUUCCCAAAGCAGCUGAUCGGACUCUGGUCUGAGCGACGGGCCGGGCCCGGGGGCUCCCAUCACCGGUGAUUGGCCCACUGUGUCGAGCCAACGAGGUGCAAUUGUUUCCUACGGAAAUCUGCUUCCGUCGUGACGACAGGAGCUCAGAUAAGCCACGAAAAGACAACACACCUUUACCUCUGGGCCCCUCAUUUUUCAGCACAUUUCUCCUAACCUCAACAACUGCGAGCUAAUCCCUCAGAACAGUCCAAGAAUCAAACUCUUCGACUUCAGUCGGUCAGGAUUUGCCACAAAAAAAAAAGUAAUUAUUUUAGGUCUUUUGAGGUUGUAAACGUCUAAAAAUCCUCCGAAAAUAGACGUAAGAGUUGAAGCUCACACACAGAUGGAUGAAGCUGUGGCACGUUUUUAACACGGCCACGUUCUUGAACCCACAGCCUUUAAGUCAAAACCAUCAUUUCAGUUGAAUUCUCUGAACGGGAACGUCCCGAGU